AUGGAGUUCUCACUCAGGGGCUGGUCUCCUCAAUCGAGAACUACCGCCUUCGUCUUGUUUGCGUUCCUUACACUUGGGUAUGCACAACAACCAGCACAAGUCAAAUUGGACGAUGGAUCGUACUCUGGUUUGACAGCGAACGGGGUCAACAAGUUCUUGGGAGUUCGGUAUGCGGCACCACCACAACGCUUUUCACCGCCGGUGGCCUCUUCGAUGGCGCCUCACAAUGAUGUAAUGAACGCAACUGCCUUCGCUCCAUCCUGCAUCCAAGCUAUACCUGCUGCGAUUGCUGCCACGAUGCCGUCUGGUCCGGAAAGCGAGGAUUGCCUGUUCCUCAAUGUCUACGCACCCUCUUCUCCACCACCCGCCGAAGGAAGAACCAUCAUGGUAUGGUACUAUGGCGGAGGCUUUCAGUUUGGAUCUGCCAACACACCAAUGUUCGAUGGCUCGAGCUUCGCACAGAACCAGGACGUUAUCAUUGUGACCCCCAACUACCGAACGAGUGUCUUCGGGUUCCCCGGUGAUGUCGAAGACAUACCUCCGCAAAUGCGCAACGUGGGUCUCAUGGACCAGAAACUAGCACUUCAAUGGGUUCAGCGCAAUAUCAAGGCCUUCGGUGGUGACCCAAACAAGGUGACGUUGUUCGGGGAGUCAGCCGGCGCCUCGUCCGUCGACCUUUUGCUACUUACAAGCGGUGCUCAGCCCCCCUUUCGUGCGGUAAUCACAGAGUCUGGAACAUCAUAUCUUGUCACCGGACCACAGGCAGGCGGAGACAUCAUCGGGCUCAUGACCGGUCUCUUGGGCAGACCGAAUAUGGCGACCCCGUUUCAAACACUCGCGGCUUCGCUGAAGUGCGGCAAUCAGAAGUCACUUGAUUGUGUGAAAGCCGCACCGGUGGAAGCUAUUGUAUCCGUACUGUCUACAGGCCCCAUCAACUUCCCACCCGUAGCCGAUGGAGAUGCAAACGGAGGCCGAUAUCUUCACAAUGGCCCAGCCACCGACCGCUUUGGAGGCCUUUGUGCGGCAACAUUUCUCGGAGAUACUGCCCUGCAGAAGGCUGUCGUUACCGCAUAUCCGGUUGGAGCCGGGAUGCCUUUCCCGACUCCAAAAGAUGCAAUCACGCAAUUUGCCACAGGUUUGGAUUGGACCUGCAGCAUUGCGCACGAAGCUCGUCUCUCGGCCCAAUCCGGGGUGCCAACUUGGAGAUACCUCUUCAACUCCACCUCGUUCCCGCCAACACCUGGGGGUAUCUUGUCUCGCCCGGUACACGGCUCUGAGAUUGGCUUCGUCUUUGGCAACCUCCCGCCGCCGCCGGCAACACCUGAUCAGGCUCUUGCGCUGAGCAAGUUCAUGCAGACGGCGUGGGCCAACUUUGCCAAGAACCCCACCAACGGGCCUGGAGUGCCUGCCUGGACGCAGUUUUCUGGUAUGCCUGGUUCGAUGGACCUGGGGAACUUGGGUGGUGUUCUUGGUGACGGAGUCUCCAUGAUAGAUUCAAAGGUGGUUGACAGCCGUUGUAAUCUUUUUGAUGCGUCGUACGCCAAGACAAAAUGA